AUGGGAGUUUCACGAACUUGGUACGUAAUCCUCGUGGUGAUCGCCGCGUGCACCUGCGGUGCACGUACAGAAUGUGGCGAAACAGUGCAAAUUUCAUUUCUAACAAGCGUGCACGAUGAUCCAUCGUGUACAAAGCUAUCGCCAAAGGGCGUUACGCUUUAUGAGGCCGCCAAGCUUCUCGCAGAGAUUCACAACAAUAAAACGGACGGAUUCGAAAUUGAAAUUACCAUUGUGGAUACAUGCGGAAGUAUAACAGGUGCUUUGAAAGCGGUGAUGAAGGCUUUGGUAUGGGCAGAUGUCAACUGUUUGCAUCCACCUUAUCAUUUAGGAAUUAUCGGACCGGAUACCAUGACCAACAUCGAAGUAGUACACAAAGUGACUUCGAUAUUGAAAGUGCCGCACAUUAUCAAGAAACCAUCAAUUUCUCCUUAUUUGCACUUUUUAACGGAUGAGUCGAACUCCUAUUUAGUAGAGGCAAUCUUGAAAAUAACAGAAAUUUUAAAGUGGAAAUCCUUCACAUUAGUUACUAAAGUUGAUGAUAAAAAUGACGAUCACGUACAAAAUAUUACGAAGAAGCUAACGGUAAAUGCCAUAGCGAACAAUUUGUGUGUUAUAGUCCACGAUAAUAAUAAAAAAGAUUAUACGUCACAUAUUGUACAUAUUGGAAAACCCAAAGAGAAGUUUUUUAACGAACUUAAAAAUGCAACCAUACUAAUUGUCAGCGAGGGAAAUUUAAAAGAUUACUUGAAUCAAAUAAAUUCUACUAAUACUAUAUUGCUCUUAGAAGAUUCUAGGAAUGUAAUUAACGGUCUUGAGUGGAGAACGGAGAAUUCGCAAUGGUGGGCACCUGAUAACGGUUUGGGAAAGUAUGAUGCCGAGGAAUUGAAACGAGUCAGAUGGUUAGAAAAUGCUAUAAAAAUUUACGUGAAAGCUUUAAAUGCAUUAUGCAAAAACAAAAAAUGCAACAAUGAAAUAAAUCCUUUAGAUUGGAAUCAUAUGGUAUCGAACAUGUUAAUGAUACACAACAAGGAAUUGGAAGAGACAUCGAAGUUUCUUAAUCUGUCUAUGAAAAAGAAAACAAGUAAUCUAGAGCGUCUGGGUGACAUAGUUUUUCAUCAAAAUAAAACAAAAAUUUAUUGGGAUAAAAACAAAAUAAACGGUAAAGAAAAGGACAUUAUGCAGAAAAGCGGGAAAAAUCACGGAGCGUCAAGAAGCAACGACAACAUGUCGUAUAUGUUUAGAGAACUUAUAAAAGAAGAAAAUGAAUCGAUAUCGGGAUGCGUCACAGGCGUCAAAGAGAUUAAGAUGCAGGAAAAAAAUAAUAACGCGACACAAGUGUUAGUUUCGGGAAUGAACCAUAACGAGUGGUGGACAAUGGUAUGCACGGUAAGCGGCGUAGGAAUCGCGAUGUUUCUGGUGGGAAUUUUCGCUGUUUAUGUUAUCUAUACAAACAUACGAGGACCAAAAUGUGCUAAGAAUAAAAAUCAUUUGGGUAGAGAUACCAGCUUAAGAAGAAUGAGCAACGAUAAAGAAUUACCGACGACCAUAACCACCCAUAACCAGCGAAUGUUGCGUACUUCACAAAGAAGAGAUAGCAACAGCACUAUAUCUGAGAAAAGCAUUUAACGCGAUGCGAGUUGCAUUUAUAAUGAAUAAAGUGAGCACUUCUAUAGUGGAAG